CGUUGGUAACUUCACGCAGGUUCUCAAUUGCGUCACUUCAAGUGUUGGAACUGUACAACGUCAUAACUACGUGUAUACGUCAUACAGUCGUCAUCGUUUUUUGUAUAUAUUUUUUAUAUUUUGUUGCUGCUGCGGUUUGGAUUUGUUUAUAUUGAUCUUUUGAAGACCACAACAUGGAAGAACAAGAAGAAUCAAUAUCAACAACAAAUUAUUUAUCGUUUAAGCCAGAAGAUUGCUCUUCGCCAAAGUACAUCAGUCGCAACUCGUUGUUUGGAAGUAUAAUACGAAACGACGGGAAGAAUUUUGUAUUAAAUUCACCUCACAAUUCCAAAAAAGUAUUAUUGGAUAUUCGUUUAAUUGCUCUCCUGCUUAUAUUUGCAUGUACCAUUUUGUUGUACAAAAUGGUUAUAGUGAUGCCCUAUACAAAUAUGGAAAAUGCGGCUAAUUUAAGAGACUACAUAGAGAGCAGCUAUAGUAAUGCCGUUAUGUGGGCAAAUCAUCAUGAAUUGAUGCGAAUAUUACAUCCUUUUGUUUGCGGUUUGCUCGUGGCAAUAUUUGGAUAUUGCCUGGUAUAUUUAGAUAGCAAUGUUCCCGGUGUAAGUCCACCAACUCCAUUUUCACCCAGGAAAAGAGCAAUUUAUUACCAGCAACGGAGCAGCAUUCAUUUGGGUUAUUUAACUGCUUUGGCAGUCGGUGUGGUCAUAUCCAGUCUCAUGUAUUUAGAUCUUUAAAUACCUCAAAUGAAGAGCCAGCAUGUCCAAGCAACAAUAAAUUAAGCCUUUUAGUAUUUAAAUAACAUAAAAACAUUUCUUUAUUGGUUUUUCAAAGCAACGAAACUAAUCAUGAAAUAUAUCCUAAGUACAAAGUAAUUAUAGGUUCUUCCGUGUAGCUAUUGCAAAUUUAGAAAAUGCUUUAAUUUUCAUUGUAAACUCUUACAAUUGGCAAUCAAAUAUACAGUAUUUUAAAUAUUA